UAAGAUGAUCAUCAUAGAUGUGAACUAUUGUUAUUUCUCUGUCUUCAGUCUGAAUAGAUGCAGUAUUACAGAGAAACAGAGUCUCAUCCUGACUUCAGCUCUGAAAUCAAACCCGUCACACCUGAGAGAGCUGGACCUGAGCAGGACUAAACUAGGAGACUCUGGAGUGAAAAACCUCAGUGAUCUACUGAUGAACCCACAAUUCAAGCUGGAGAAACUACAUCUGAGUUAUUGCAGUAUUCCAGAGAAACAGAGUCUCAUCCUGACUUCAGCUCUGAAAUCAAACCCGUCACACCUGAGAGAGCUGAACCUGAGCUGGAAUAAUCUAGGAGACUCUGGAGUGAAAAACCUCAGUGAUCUACUGAUGAACCCACAAUUCAAGCUGGAGAAACUACAGUUAAGCUGCUGUGAUAUGACAGAUGAAGGUUGUUCUGAUGUGACUUCAGCUCUGAAAUCAAACCCGUCACACCUGAGAGAGCUUGACCUGAGCGAGAAUAAACUAGGAGACUCUGGCGUGAAAAACCUCAGUGAUCUACUGAUGAACCCACAAUUCAAGCUGGAGAAACUACAUCUGUGUGGAUGCAGAAUUACAGAGAAACAGAGUCUCAUCCUGACUUCAGCUCUGAAAUCAAACCCGUCACACCUGAGAGAGCUGGACCUGAUCGGGAAUAAUCUAGGAAACACAGGAGUGAAGCGCUUAUGUGCCGUACUGAAGGAUUCACACUGUAAACUGGAGAGAUUGAGGUUAAGCUACUGUGAUAUGACAGAUGAAGGUUGUUCUGAUGUGACUUCAGCUCUGAAAUCAAACCCGUCACACCUGAGAGAGCUGGACCUGAGCGGGAAUAAACUAGGAGACUCUGGAGUGAAAAACCUCAGUGAUCUACUGAUGAACCCACAAUUCAAGCUGGAGAAACUACAUCUGAAUAGAUGCAGUAUUACAGAGAAACAGAGUCUCAUCCUGACUUCAGCUCUGAAAUCAAACCCGUCACACCUGAGAGAGCUGGACCUGAGCAGGAAUAAACUAGGAGACUCUGGAGUGAAAAACCUCAGUGAUCUACUGAUGAACCCACAAUUCAAGCUGGAGAAACUACAGUUAAGAUGCUGUGAUAUGACAGAUGAAGGUUGUUCUGAUGUGACUUCAGCUCUGAAAUCAAACCCGUCACACCUGAGAGAGCUGGACCUGAGCGGAAAUAAUCUAGGAAACUCAGGAGUGAAGCACUUAUGUGCCGUACUGAAGGAUUCACACUUUAAACUGGAGAGAUUGAGGUUAAGAUACUGUGAUAUGACAGAUGAAGGUUGUUCUGAUGUGACUUCAGCUCUGAAAUCAAACCCGUCACACCUGAGAGAGCUGGGCCUGAGCUGGAAUAAACUUGGAGACUCUGGAGUGAAAAACCUCAGUGAUCUACUGAUGAACCCACAAUUCAAGCUGGAGAAACUACAGUUAAGCUACUGUUAUAUGACAGAUGAAGGUUGUUCUGAUGUGACUUCAGCUCUGAAAUCAAACCCGUCACACCUGAGAGAGCUGGACCUGAGCUGGAAUAAACUAGGAGACUCUGGAGUGAAAAACCUCAGUGAUCUACUGAUGAACCCACAAUUCAAGCUGGAGAAACUACAUCUGAGUGAUUGCAGUAUUACAGAGAAACAGAGUCUCAUCCUGACUUCAGCUCUGAAAUCAAACCCGUCACACCUGAGAGAGCUGAACCUGAGCUGGAAUAAUCUAGGAGACUCUGGAGUGAAAAACCUCAGUGAUCUACUGAUGAACCCACAAUUCAAGCUGGAGAAACUACAUCUGAGUGAUUGCAGUAUUACAGAGAAACAGAGUCUCAUCCUGACUUCGGCUCUGAAAUCAAACCCGUCACACCUGAGAGAGCUGGACCUGAUCUUGGAUAAACUAGGAGACUCAGGAGUGAAGCACUUAUGUGCCGUACUGAAGGAUUCACACUGUAAACUGGAGAGAUUGAGACUAUAUAACUGUGGCAUUACAGAUGUUUCUUCUUUAACUCAGUCUUUGACUAACUCAAAAGCACUGCAGUUUUUAAAAGAGCUUGAUCUGAGAGACAAUAAGAUAGGAGACUCAAAGCAGCGGCUCAGAGACGAGCUACGAGACUCAAACUGUGACCUGAGUAUAUGAAUGUAGAUGAAGAUUGAUCAUCAAACGUCAGUGGAUUUACAUCAAGGUUUAAAUCUGUGAAACGGAGAUGAGAGGAGCAGAAACCAUCAGGUGAUCCACAGAAGAGUCUCACUGCUGUCUAUGAGGAGAAAUACAUGUGUAAAUGUGUUUCAUACAGGUGGAAGAGACUCAGACUUUACUAUUAAAUAAAGCAGCGUGUGUGUUAGCAUGCGUAUUAGAAACAUGUGAUAUUGAAUGAUUAAUGUUGGUUUAUUAUUCAGCCAAAUGAUGGUUUAGUUGUAAUUAAAGGUGGAACAGAGGAAGAAGCUCAGAUGAGUGUCAGCAGAAAUCUUCACUAUCAGGCCUGCAAAUAUAAUAAUGUUUAGACUAAACUCAUCCAUAAUUAUUCAAAUAUUUCUAAUCAUGAACGUGAUUGUCAAGUAUAGCACAUAAAUGUUUCAAAAGAUAUAAAGUUUACAUGUAACUUUUAAACAUUUACAUUAUCUCUCUAACAUUUUAUACACAGAAUAUGUUUAUUGUUAUUGUUUUAUUGUAUAUGAAGUUAGUUGUGUGUGUAUGUGUGUGUGUGUGUGUGUGUGUUGCUGAUGCACAGAUGUACAGUAUAUUGUCUUUGUUCUGUGGAUGAAGUCUCUUCUCCUCUACAGACCGACUAAACAUUUUCCCCAGUGAA